UGUCUUUACAUCCGGAAAAACAGCGCCGCCAUUCUGGCUAUCUGCAGUUGGGAAUAGCCAUGACAUAGCAUGCUGUUUGUUUAAAGGAAAUAGUUAUUAGGAAGAUUGUGACGUCACUUCGUGCUGCUUUUCAGCUGAUAGCCAUUGUAAUAGACUGCUACGUCACUCUGUGCUGUUUGUAUGGAAAAUUACUAUCGUGAUAUACAGUGACGUCACUUUAUCAGGGAUGUUUACUGGACAACGGCCGUUAUGACAGAAAGUGACGUCACUCCAUGCUGUUUGUGCUGCCCAAGUCGUGCGGCCUGUCUCCGGGUCCCCGCCUUGUGGCGCUGAGGCAAGGCGCGGCCACUGUCCACUUUGCCGUUCACUGUACACACUGCGGCGUGUGACAGUUUGAGCAGCUGCAGUGUCCACCCUCUAAUUAACCCUUCAGCCCUGCCCUUGCUGGCCACUGGCCAUGCUGUGACGACACACGUGGCGGCAAGACUGGGGCCAUGGUCACGACUGUCGCCCGACACAAGUAUAGCGACCGAUGCGUGGACAGUUGGCGUGUGAUGUUAGAUGAAGCGGCCGCUCGCUCCGUGAGUCCAUGUUUGGUCAGUAAACUGCGUGUGUGGCCAGUAAAUGUACGUGUUUGUUUGUGGACAAGGUGGUUCUUGUUAGCCUCGCCUCCAUGGAAGGGUCAGACAACAAGAAAGCGUCAUCCCUCCAAGAGACAGUCGUGAUGCAGUGCGAGAGUCUUGACAGCAACACCGGCACCACCCUGUAGCGGGAUUAAAGGAGGAGGAAGCAAGUGAGGAACCGUUGCCAUCUAGCAAGUCAGUCCAAGUUAGUGACUUCCUCUGUUCCCUGCCUAACAUCUGUAACAAAGUACCAGCAGAGUGUACAUCCGGUCCAGUGUAUAGUCCCCUUGUGUUACAACUCUCUCUUGUCCAAGUGCAGUCGCAGUCUGGUGAUGAUGGUGCGACUUUCGUUCUGUGAGGACGACAUCAGCGGCUAACAGACGAGUGCUGUGGAUGUGGUAACAGCUCCACUCGUCAAUCAUAAUCAGUGUCGCUGCGUGUUAAUGAUGACAAGAGAAGGAUGACUGGAGCACAGGAGGACUAACAGCAGGCAGCCGUUGACCAUCGUGCAGUGAUUCAGUUAACAUUAUGUACUUUGUAUUGUUUGCGACAAGUUCGACUUCGCGAGUCGGUCAUAACAGUCGUUACUUCUUUCAUCUAUUCCGAAGAACUGCCAAGAGUUAACGAAAGCGAUGUUCAUCCUCAUUAAUGUGAAUUGCACCUGUCCGCGCGGUACCUGGAGCUGAGGCCUUGACGUCAUCAUGAAGGGCCCCGGCGGGUCGGUGGAAGCCCCACCCGGGGUAGGUGGUUCCAUGUUCCAGACGGACCAUCUGCCCAUCGGGGUGACUGAAGUACCUCGCCAAGCUGUACGCGCGUUUUCGCACACCAAGCGAGUCGGGACAUACCUGCUGGGCCGCACCCUCGGGGAAGGUUCAUUUGCGAAGGUCAAAGAGGCCUUGCACCUGCCCACAGGUGAAAAGGUUGCCGUGAAGGUGAUCGACAAGAAGCGAGCCAAGACUGACCCGUAUGUGCGCAAGAAUCUGAGGCGCGAGGGUCGGCUGCUGCAGCAGGUGAGGCACCCCAACGUCGUGCAGCUGCUGGAGGUGCUGGAGACGGAGCACAGCUACUACCUGGUGACGGAGCGCUGUGCCGGCGGCGACCUCAUGGAGCACAUCGCCAGGCACAAGCGCCUGGAGGAGCGCGAGGUGAAGAAAUUCAUCCGCCAAAUCGUCUCUGCCGUGGACUACUUGCACCGCUUGGGUAUCAUUCACAGGGACUUGAAAAUAGAGAAUCUCUUACUUGAUCACAACAGUGAUAUCAAAAUAAUUGACUUCGGUCUGAGCAACAGCAUCAAAGUGAGCAGCACGACGGAGGGGUUGCCGAGGGCACAGGAGUACCUGGUGACCCAGUGCGGCAGUCCAGCCUACGCCGCCCCCGAGCUCCUCAAUCAUCGCAAGUACGGCCUGGAGGUAGAUGUGUGGAGCAUAGGCGUCAACAUGUAUGCCAUGCUGACGGGUAGUCUGCCCUUUACUGUGAACCCGUUUAACAUAAAGACAUUGUACAACAAGAUGGUCAGUGGCCAGAUGAAUGCUAUUCCGGACACUUUGUCAAGAGAGGGCAAAGACAUUCUUAAGAAGUUCCUGACAGCAGACCCUGAUAAACGACUCACCGUCUCUGAAGCUUUUCGUCACCCUUGGCUUUCGGAAGCAGGGUCUAAUAAGCCUGUGGAGCGCCAGCCCUUCCCUAACAAGCUGAAGGCAAGCGACCUGGAUGUGGACAUCCUCAAGCACAUGAGCGACAACCUCGGAUACCGCAUGAGCGAGGUCAUUCGCUUUGUCAUAGGCAACGUGCCCAGCGGCGCAUGCGCCACCUAUCACCUGUACGCCCGGAAGCUGCAUCGUCACCGGGCCGAGCACGAGCAGGGAGACAAGGCAACAGGGGCUGACGACAAGCACGUGCAGCAGCCCAGGAUCUCCCUGCAUCUACAGGUUCAGGAGGCCCAGCCGCGGAUGGUUCACCACAAUGUCUCCAGAAGCAAAACUUGCCGAGCGGAGGGUUCGGACGCCCCGGGAGACGAGGCGGGGAAGUCUGGUGACGCACACCUGGUGAGCAGAAAAUCAGACAAACUGCGGCCAUCUCUUGGUGCUGCUAGCACACCUCAGCACGAGUCGCCAGUCGUUAAAGAGAAGACGAUGUUGUCGUCGCAAAAGUACAGUACUCAAGAUCUCCAAACGGUCGAGAAAAGGGAGGAAAUUCUGCAACGAUCUAAGACACGAUCCUUUUCAUUAUCUCAACCGCAGCAACAGCCAUCACACUUCUCUUCCUCCCCGAUUCCUCGACUCAUCUCCCCCGCUAUGGUGGCGGUGAGGAUGCUGCCGCAGCAGAGAGCUGGGCUUGGUGUCACUCCAACCCCAAGACACAGGACCACACCUCUGUCCACAGGUAAACUCGUCACAACGACAGGAGUUUCGCCAACGACAUCCCAUCAGACACCCGCCCAGCAAGCAACGGACCGACGCAAAAGCAAGGGUCGUGCGGUCCUGGUCCCGACAGCAGGGGACGAUGGGGGGAGAGGGGGAGUGACACAAGGCACCGCGUUUCGAAGUGUUGCAGACAGACUGCGGUACUUCACAGCUCGCUCAGCGGGAUUUUCAGACGCAUCUGCGGUGGGGCCCACCCGUGACAGCACCAAGGUGCUGCGAGCAACCUAUCCCGCAGGCACCGCCACCCGUGACCUCACCUCCGCUAGUAAAAAUUUACCCCAGGCUGGGGGUGCAGGUCACUUCUCGCGACCCCUGGCAGAGAAACGCGCAGAGGGUCAGUUAUACGGUACCCGGAUAUCUGGUACCGCUGCUGCCAAACUGGGUCACGUGGCGUGUGACGUCAAGGUAGUCGACGACAAGGACGAGAUCACCAAGCGACCUGCCAUCCAGCUGGUCAGACGACGUUUGACCAAGCGCUCGCGUCACGACGGUCUUGUGCACGUGGAUGUUCUGACACACAGAGUCAACGGGGAUCCCAGUCCUGAGAGCAUCACGGUGGAGAGGCUGACAACAACAACAACACCGGACUUCCGUCCCGCGACCGUCGCUCUGUCCACCCCCAGCACGCCAGUGCGCGACCUGCACAAACCUCUGCCGACCAUCUCCACAGCACUUUCUCCGCGGCUUUGACAUCAGUGUGACCUAGAGACAGGACUGGCAUGCACUGUUUGCACUGACAGCACUAGCUCGUUAGCCGUUGUGAUAUUAACUGUCUCCAGGACAGGACCCCACUACAGAUUAUCGCCACUCAGUGGAACCGACAUUUGCUUGAAGAGUUGCUGUCGUAAGGAGGGCAUGGAGUCACUUCUGUGUUUGUUACUCUUUCAAAGCUUCUUGUUAAUUAGCAGUCCUUGCAGGAUGAAACGAAUUUUUUAAAAGUUCUUUUAAGAGUUGCCAUUAUACCCAGCUUACGGGAUGCUGGCCACUUUUGUUCAUUCUGGCCUGCAGCAGCUACCCGCCUUCUGAUUAACUGUGGGAACAAAGCAUGCAUCGUUCUGCUGGUGUACUCAGGUUCCAUGUCAUGGAAACAGUUUUGUUUACAAACAGGCCAUUUUGUCAGCAAUAAGACAUGAAAAUAACGUACUCUGCUGUUUUCAUAAUCCAGUCAUAUAUUAUUUGUACAGUUAGUCAUCUACGAACAUUUCUAUGCUUCAGGACACUUCUGCAAAAUGUGUGGACCUGCACAAUGGCCAUUUGCUGUUAUCACAUGCUAGAAAUCACAACCUGAACAUCCUAAACUGAAAACAAACGUGUGAAGGUGCUUUGCUGUGACUGUGAGGAAGAAUGCAGGAAAAACCUACUGUAGCCAGAGUGUUAUCUUAAGCACAGUUUGUCCACACCCACAGUAGCCUAGCUUCUUCUCAUGCGAAGUUUAUGGUAACACAUUUGCCAGUCAUUGUAGAAUAAGCUCCCCUCCCCUAAGCGGCAAGACAGGCAGGCAGAUCAGUGGCCUAAUAACGGCCAAAUGUGUGUCACACUUUUGCCAUUUUCACAGAUCAUUGGGUUUCAUGGGUAUAAUGUUCCACAAGAACUAAUAAAAUUUAUCAGGUUUUA